AAACAAAAACAAGAUUAAUUAAUCAGGGUAAUGAAGAGUUUGCCGUCCCAUGAAAUUUCAAACUCAAUAAACCUGUCACCAUCCAAAGAAACUUAGAUCAAUAAUUUAGUUUCUCCAAUUGUGUUGUUUAUAGCACUCUUAACAAUCGUGACACGCCAGAAAAUAAGUCAAAUAAUAGCACGUAUUAGAGACAAGAUUACCAGCUUCAUACCUUAAUUAAAAAAUAAUAGUAUCUGAAUAGAACAACAUAACUUCCAAAAUAACAGCAAACUUACCCUUUAAAUAUGCCCCUCUCUGUCUCGUUUAGUAAGAUAAAAACAUUUCUCCCAUUUCUUUUAGCACACUUGACCACAACAAAUUUACAUCAUAAAUAGUCAAUGUUCAAACACCAAAACAUCCUCUCCGAUCACACUUAUUCCAGGUUUUGUAAUAUAAUGGGCAUCGACGAACUUGAGCCUAAUUCCAACUCCGAUCCAAUCUCAGAGUGGCUAGCUAAUACUUUAUCCGAUGUCCCAUCCUUCCUCGACGAGCCCUAUGAUUACACCGAUGAUUUAAAUUUCUAUGGCGACUCAUGGUGGGUUCCAAAUGAAGAGAUCGUUAAUCACAACAAUACAUGUAACUCUUUCAACAGCAACUCCCCAGUCAACAUAGCAACUAGCAAUAUCCCUUCGGAGCCCAUCAUUUUAGAUCAUCCACAACCGUUGGAUCUAUCUAAGAAACGGAAAACAACAGGCCCUGAUCAUAAUCCAAAGGGGCCAAGGAAGAAUCAGAACCGUCAGAUCAAUGAGGUGGAAGAUGGUCAUGUUGUAAGAAGAUCAACAGGACCAAAAAGAGUAACAACAAAAUCAACAGCAAAUAACGGUAACAACAACGAAGGAAGAUGGGCUGAGCAUUUGCUCAACCCUUGUGCUGCUGCAAUCUCUGUCAGUAACAUGAACCGCGUGCAACAUCUGUUGUACGUUCUGAAUGAGUUAGCAUCGUUCACAGGUGAUGCGAACCACAGGCUAGCUGCUCAUGGACUACGCGCAUUGACACAUCAUCUGUCUUCUUCCCCUGGCACAUCAUCAGCAUCCUCUUCUACUCUUGGAGUUACAAAUUUCGCUUCUGUCAAUCAUAAAUUCUUCAGGGACUCGUUGAUCAAUUUCAAUGAUAUUAGUCCCUGGUUCCGAAUCCCCAAUAACAUUGCGAAUUCCUCUAUUCUCCAAAUUAUUGGAGAACAAGAUCGGUUAAAAAACCUUCACAUCCUUGAUAUUGGAGUCUCUCAUGGUGUUCAGUGGCCCACACUUCUCGAGGAGCUGACUCUACGAUCAGGUGGGCCACCACCGUUGGUUCGCGUAACAGUUAUUACGCCAACCAUCGAGAACGGAGAAUUAAGAGGCACUCCAUUUGUGAUCGAUCCACCUGGUUACGAUUUUUCCUCGCAACUACUAGCCUUUGCUAAGGCUAUUAACAUCAAUUUACAGAUCAACAGACUGGAUAAUUUUCCUCUUAUGAGUCUCAAUUCACAAGUCAUAAAUUCAUCUUCUGAUGAAACGUUAGUUAUUUGUGCUCAGUUUAGACUACACAAUUUGCAUCAUGGUAACCCGGAUGAACGAUCCGAGUUGUUGAGGAUAUUGAAGAGCUUGGACCCGAAAGGAUUAGUUCUCAGCGAGAACAACACGGAAUGUAGCUGCAACAGUUGUGGGGAUUUUGCUACGAUGUUCUCAAGACGAGUGGAGUACUUAUGGAGGUUUUUGGACUCGACGAGUGUGGCUUACAAAGGGCGUGAGAGCGAAGAAAGGAGGAUGAUGGAAGGAGAAGCAGCAAAGGCGUUAACGAAUAUGGGAGAAAUGAAUGAAAGGAAGGAGAAAUGGUGUGAGAGAAUGAGGAGCGUUGGAUUUGUUAAGGAGGUGUUUGGAGAGGAUGCCGUAGACGGAGCUAGGGCGUUGUUGAGGAAGUAUGACAACAACUGGGUGAUGAAAGUGGAAGAGAGAGAUGGCUGUGUGGAUCUAUGGUGGAAAGGGCAGCCAAUUUCAUUCUGCUCAUUAUGGAAGAUAUAGCUAUUUAGAGUAACUUGAUUUUAGUUUUUGAGGGGUGUAUCAACUGUCAAGUAAUCAAAAAUGUAAUUCCUCAUGGUGUCUUCCUACCAUGUUAGAUAUGUUUUGAUUAGUGUAUUUGUAGAGGCAACAAGUCAAAA